AUGACCAGCUAUAUCCCUUUACCUUACUCCUCGUACAAUGGAGAGUACCAGCCUCAAUCAGAUCCUUCGUCAACCAGUGAAACUUCAUCUCAACCUGUCCUACCAGUAUCACCACCUUUGCAACAAGGAUUAAUGUCGAUCUCGCAGCCUGAGACUCCGCGCCCAGAUUCAACGGCCCAUACGCCUCCUCCUCCUACUUCAUCUGCAUCAUCAUCAAAUGACAAAUUAGCUAUUUCACCCAAUUUGAUCCGCAGAAGACCACCUAUUCCUUUGAAGCAUGCCAACUUUACAACGACAACAUUUCACUCAAAUCCUUAUCCUAGUGCUGGCCCAAUUAGAAGAAGACGAACAGAAUCCAUCUUUUCAUUUGAAAUGGGUCCUGCUUUCACUAGCACCAAGCAAUUGCAUGAUUUGUACAGUAUGGAUCAGUCGAACAGUUAUCAAGUGCAACUUCACGCUAAGAUGGAUCGAGGUUUUUUCAGAGCAGAUCAAGAUUGGACAUGUUAUCGCAGAAACUAUUUUCAAGUCAGUUCAACAUUUGAUGUCCAUGGCAUGAAUUACAUGAUUCAAGGUGCCGAAGUACCUUGCUUGCUGAGAAAAUCACCAGAUUCACAAGAGUUGCUUCAAGUUGAUUAUUUCUCUAUUGGAGUGUGUGCUCGUGUCACCAACAAUGACAAAAAGAUUGAGCUAGUCCAGCAUACACCCAAAAGAGAUAAGGGCCCACAGAUCAUUCCUGAACCAAGACCUGUAAGAGCUGGAGGAAACUUACAUCUUGCUUCAGUAGGCUCCAAUCACAACAUUGUUACAUUUGAAAGAUUGCAAUUCAAGACUGCAACUGCUAAUAAUGGGAAAAGACGAGCUGCUCAGCAAUACUAUGAAAUUGUCGUUGAUUUAUACGCCAAUUUCCCAAGAGAAGAGCCUCUACGUGUUGCUACUUGUGUCUCUGCUCCUUUGGUGGUUCGUGGACGCAGCCCUGGUCAUUACGCAGACUCACAUACUCGCUUCAAGCACAUGGAUACAGACUCUUCUAUUUCAAAUGAACAUAUAUCUCCUGUGCCAAUGGGCGCUUCACUGCCAACAAGUAUGUCUGCUUCAUCUACGACAAAUGGCAGUAGUGUAAACGAAGACAGAUUUGCAUACAAUGCCUCUUCUCUUCCACCACCCCCACCACCAUUAUCAUCAUUGACCACCAAUGGCAGAGCAAACCCUAUGGAUCACCAUGCAUCUCCAAAUCAUAGAUACACUAGUCUACCCAACUCACCCGUCAGUGAUUUUGGAUACUCGCCUUACAGCAACUAUACGUAUUCUUCAUUAUCUGGAUAUCCGCAUAUGAUGGGCCCACCUCAUGCUUCAGCUAAUGCUUCGAAUAUAUCGCCAUAUGCACAUGCAGCAUCCAUGAACAGCAACCCGAUGCCUAGUCCUUAUUUUCAAAAUGAUCAAUCACAUCAUCACCAUCCACCUCCACCUCCACCUCCUCAUAUCUAUGCUAAUGGGCCACCAGGUUUUCACAGUGAGAAAAUAAAGACUGAUAUGAAGCACGCUAAUUACUGGCAUCAAUCAAACGAGGUUCCAAGAAUGAAUCAUCCACAAGAACAUUACCCAAGUAAUGGCAACAUGUAUAUGAACUCGCCAGCAAGCAACCCUUACGGGCAUCCUCCUCAUGAAGAUACUCCUGGCAACGCCUACCCUUCUAGUCUUGACGCUGGUCGUCCUCAGUAA